CACAAGAGAUAGUAAAUAUAGGACAUGGCUUGCAAGGUGCAGAAAAGUGUAUCACUGCGCAGAAGACUUCAGAUACUGCGAUUCCUUACCAACUCCAACAAUAACAAGCUAAAGCUUGCACUGGAAAAUGUCAAAAGAGAGUAUGAAAACCUAAUAGCCACAAGAAGACACUACAUUAGUGUAUUGAACAAUAAUGUCAAUGAUAACAAGGAUGUUAAAAUAGUGAAAAUAAGUGAAGGAACAUUUAUGGUGAAGGUGACAUGUGAGAAAGGAGGUGGCAAGUUGGUUGCAAUAUUAGAGGCAUUUGAAGAGAUUUGUGUGAAUGUUGAGGAGGCAAAAGUUUCAUGCGAGAAUGAGUUUUCUAUGGAAGCUAUUAUUGUUAGUGAGGAUCAAAGUCUUGAUGUUACAGAUGUUACUGAAGUGAUUCUAAAAGCUAUUGAAAACUAGAGUGGUGAAAAAGGUUCAGAGUAGCUUGACAGCUUGAGUAAUUUUUGUGACUUUUCAAGUACAUUAGUUUAAUUUGUUUAAUAUU